CACACCGAUCGACCAUGGCACGAAAUCACGAGCACCUGGUGAAUUUAUUUUUGGAUCUCGUCUCGAGGAUCCUGUGAUUUUCAAAGAAAUAGGCACGGCAUCUGGUCAAGUGUGAAGCUUAUCGGACUUCUAUUAGAACGUUACGCAACCAUGAACGAAAAAGCAAAGAUACUCCAAAGCUAAGAAAGGAAAGACAAAUGCCCACUGUAUCUCUUAUUAUUCAUAUUAGCUAGCUAGGGCAAAGUCCAGUUGAAUUCACGAGCAACUUACUACUACGCGGCAGCGAAACAACCACAAUGAUGAUGCCAAAGCUCUUCUUGGGCUUGAGCUUCGUGCUACUCGGUUACAGUGUGGUGGGUGCCGUCAAUUUUGCCCGAGCUUCUUCCAAGAGAAUUAUUCGAGAAAGGCAACAAAAGCAGCAAGAUGGUAUGCAACAUCUUCGUCGCGAGAAUCAACCGGACGGUGCGGAGUAUCUAGCCGAUAUCCUCGAGCUGGAGGAAGAGGAGGACCCGUACGAUGAUCUCAAGGAUGAUAGUACCCAUACGUCUCGCAAACUCGAAGACUAUGACGAUGACGAAUACGAUGACGACGGGGAAGAGUACGAGGAAGACACGGAUCCGGUCUUUUUGGAGUCGGCACAGGCAAAAGAUCUACUAGACGCCAAUGUCAUUUCCACAGCAACCCUGACACCCUUGAUGGAACAGCUCGGUGUCGAAGACGUGGAUGUGUUGAUUGUCGGUGCUGGAGCAGCGGGUCUGAAUGCGGGUUACAACCUAGCCAAUAGCAGUCGCAGCUUUGUCAUGAUUGAAGCGUCGGAACGAAUUGGAGGACGGGUCGAUCCAAGGCACAUUGAGAUUUGGAAUGGUCAACUACGAACCCUCGAACAAGGUGCUGGUUGGAUCUCAGGCGGUAAGUUGUCCACUCCGGGCAACAUUGGCAAUCCACUUGCCGAUUUGGCAAAUGAGACGGAUGUCAAAUUGCGUGGGCACAAUCAAGAUUUUGAAUACCAAUUCUUCGACAACGCUGGCGUCCGAAAAGAAAAUGAAGAAUGGUUUGAAGACUGCACAAAGACAGCGAUUUUCGAUCAAGUGAUUAGGGAAGGCGAGGAAAUGUCGAGGCUCUGUGUGCAGAACAUGAGUACCAGCAUGCUCAAGCACAAGAAGGACACCUUUUGCCGGCGACUCCAGGACAUUGACUGGAAAGAUAUCAGUGUCGAAUAUCUCUUUCGGGAAACAUUCGAUUUUGACAACAGAGGCUGUCCCGGCGCUGGACGUUGGGAUCCCAAAAGUGACGACACGGGAGUUGCUCGGGCUAUUGAAUCCUUACUGUUUGACUUGAUGAUGGGCGAUACAACCAAAGUGGCCCAUGCAAAGAGUCGUCCCGUGAAAACCUAUGACCUCUGGGGCAACACCGAACGGCUCACUGUCGAUCCUAGGGGCUUUAUCCUGCUCCUCAAGAAAUUGGCCAGCAAAUACCUAAAGGGAACCAAGAAAUUGACUCAGUCCAGAAAGCUUUUUGACUUUGUUGUGGAAGACGACAGGGUACGGCUCAACACCAAGCUGGUCAAGGUGUUUUCAGGUCUGGAUGAAGGAGGCAGUGUCCUGGCAUUGGUAUGUGACACCCGUUACAUUUUGGAGGAUGGAAUACGUUUGUUCCCCUGCCGAAACGGAAUCCAGCACUACAGGUUCAUCAAGGCCAAUGAUCUUCUCAGCACAAUUUCAGUGGGUGUCUGGGGCAAGUCGCUCGAACUGGACAACGACAAGGUUUCUUUGGCCGAAGGUGUUAACCUUGCCCCACGAUUCUAUCCGGCCCUGACUUCGACUACCGCUGAAACACAAGGCGGCUUUACCUACCACAAAAUGGGGCUCUAUACCAAGAUUGCCAUUGCCUUUGAAGAAAAGUUUUGGCCCGAGAACGAAUACUUCUUGUCGGCUGCAUCCGAUGGAGACUUUCUGGGUGACUUUGCUCCCUUGUGGCAGAACCUGGACCGUCCAGAGCUCUGGCCCGACUCGAAACUCCUCCUGUGCCUCACGUCCGGUCCACGAGCCAGGGACAUUAAUUCCAAUCUUAGCGACGAAGAGACUGUGGAGCAACUCUUGGGGGUGUUGAGCCAAAUGUUCCCCGAGCAAAUCAAGGAUUACUACGGACGCGACCACCUUACAAUGGACGACGCCUAUGAUUACUUUGUCACCAACUGGCACGUUGACCCUCUCUUUUGGGGAUCCUUUUCUCUCAUGAACGUUGGCAUCAAGAAGGACGACUGGCCUGCCAUUACUGGGGAACUGCAAUAUGGCGAGACGACCGGUAUCGAGGAAUCUCAUAUUCUCAUUAGCGGAGAGCAUACUUGUACGAAUUUCAAAGCCUUUUACCACGGAGCCCUUUUGGCCGGCGAACGAAGCGCCCAUAUGCUGAUGGGCAAAGCGGAUCCUUCUCAUAUUUGUGAUGAGUUUCCAGGGAGUGAUUCCAUGCUGGUAUAAAUAAGAGCGUAGAGCCUUGAUUGGUACAGCACCAUGCAUUCUGCCCCUCCAUUCAUACGGUAGUCCACUUAUUGGAAGAGGAGUUCAAUGUAUUCCCAAAAAGCAUUGGAUUACUUUGGACGUCACGACUUUCAUUUUACUAUAAUAGUACCAACAUAUGUAGCUAUCUAUUAUAUACG